UGGAAAAUUCUUUAUGCCAGUUUUCACAUACGUGCUUAAUCCAAAAGCUAUAACAAUGGGUCAACUUUAUGGCGAGUAUGACCUUGAUACACAUGAGUGGACCGAUGGAAUUUUGUCGACUUUAAUCCGUACAGGAACCGAAGCGACGGACGAAAAUAAACGUUGGUACGUCUUUGACGGACCAGUUGAUGCAGUUUGGAUAGAAAACAUGAAUACUGUAUUAGACGACAAUAAGAAACUUUGUUUGACUUCUGGAGAAAUUAUGAAGUUACAACCAACGCAGACAAUGAUAUUCGAAGUUGCUGAUCUUAGAGUCGCUUCUCCGGCUACCGUAUCAAGGUGUGGUAUGGUAUACAUGGAACCGGCGGGUCUUGGAUUAAAGCCUUUUGUUAAUUGCUGGAUCAAGUCUUUACCGACGAAGAUGCAAGAUAACGUGGAAACAAUAAAAAAAUUGACAAAUGAAUUAUUAUUCCCUGGUAUAAAAAUUCUACGCGAACAACUAAAAGAAAUCGUAAGCACUGUGGAUUCAGCAAUAAUUCAGUCUUACAUAAAUCUCAUGAACUAUAGAAUUGGUCCUAUGGCUGGUAGAGAAGGCAAACCACCGCCGCCUUUGGUUUUUCAAAAAACAAUACCUGAUUUAUUAUCUCCAUGGACAGCUUUUGCUACAGUUUGGAGUUUAGGUGCUACUUGCAGUUACGAUGGUCGUUAUAUAUUUAGUACGUGGCUUCGAGAUGUACAAAAUAAUUUUCAACACAAAAUGCCAUUCCCUGAAGACGGUUUGGUAUAUGAUUAUAGAUUACACGAUGGUGGUUUCACUGAUCCGAUCGAAGGACAAGAUCCAAUUCCACCGCAAUGGAUUAAAUGGUCAGACGAUAUUCCGAUCAUUAACAUAACUUCAGAAACUAAAUAUGCUGACAUUGAAAUUCCCACGAUGGAUAAUAUUCGACAUGCGACUUUGAUCGAAUAUUUAUUUAUAAACAACAAUAAUGUAUUGUGCAUUGGACCAACUGGAAGUGGAAAGACUAUGACGAUUUCAACGAAAUUAUCUAGAAAUAUGCCAAAAAAAUUUAUUUGUGAUUUUAUAAUAUUUUCUGCAAGAACUACUGCUAAUCAAACUCAAGAUCUGAUUGAUGGAAAAUUAGAUAAAAGACGUAGAGAUGUAUAUGGUCCACCAUUAUUAAAGAAACAAAUAUUUUUCAUUGAUGACUUCAAUAUGCCAGCUCUAGAAACAUUUGGAGCUCAACCACCUAUUGAAUUAAUUCGACAAUUUAUGGAUUUCAGCGGAUGGUACGACAGAAAGGAAAUCGGUAGCUUUAGACUGAUCGAAGACGUAAAUUUUAUUGGUGCCAUGGGACCACCUGGAGGUGGAAGAAACCCAGUAACCCCUCGACUCUUACGACAUUUCCAUUUCAUUGCAUUUCCAGAAAUGGAGGACAGUGCCAAGGCGAGCAUCUUUGGGAUUAUUUUAAAUUCUUGGCUCUCGAAAACACCAACUUAUAUAGUUUUAUUAAAGCCGAUAGUAAAUAUUACACUUAAUGUAUUUGCCACAAUAUGCAGGGAACUAUUGCCAACACCUGACAAAUCUCAUUACACUUACAACCUUCGAGAUCUUAGUAAAGUAUUUCAAGGUAUUCUCAUGGCAGAUCCAACGAAAAUUAAUAUAGAACACGUUCUUCUCGAAUUUUUAGAAGAUUAUAACAACAUAACAACUGCUCCAAUGAAAUUAGUAUUAUUUCAAGAUGCUGUAGAUCAUAUUUGUAGAAUUAUACGUAUCCUUCGACAACCUCGAGGAAAUGGACUUUUAUUAGGAAUGGGUGGAUCAGGUCGACAAAGUUUAACGAAGCUUUCUUGUCAUAUACGAGAGUAUAAUUACUUUCAGAUAGAACUCAGUAAAGCUUAUUCAAAUCAUGAUUGGCGUGAUGAUAUAAAAAAUAUGAUGUUAAAAUCAGGUUUAGAAAAUCAAAUAAUGGUUUUCUUAUUUUCGGAUACUCAGAUAAAAGGUGACUACAUGUUGGAAGAUUUAAACAAUAUAUUAAACAAUGGCGACGUACCAAAUAUAUAUAGUUCCGAGGAAAUAGAAAAAAUAUUUCAAGCGAUGCGUGGCCCGGUUCAAGAGGCUGGAUUACAAAUCAAUAGAAGUAAUCUCUUUUCGACGUAUCUGAAAGUGAUCAGAAACAAUUUGCAUACUAUGAUUACGAUGAGCCCCAUCGGUGAGUUAUUCCGGGCUCGCAUUAGGCAAUUUCCUGCUCUCGUGAAUUGCUGUACGAUCGAUUGGUUUUUUCCGUGGCCGGAUGCCGCUCUACAGGCUGUUGCAAUGUAUUUCCUUGCGGAUAUUAAAGAUGAAUCCAUUAAUGAAACUGUCCUAAAGUCAAUUGUAAAGACUUGUCAAUUUAUGCAUUCUAGCGUGAUAAAAGCGAGUGAUCGUUUUUUGAUGGAAUUGAAUCGACAUAAUUAUGUAACGCCUACCUCUUAUUUACAAUUACUAUCCGGUUACGGUGGUCUCUUAUCUAAAAAGAAACAGGACUUACAUUCUGGAAUGACUCGCCUAUCAACGGGCUUAAAUAAGCUUAUAAGCACGGAGGCAGAAGUAAAGGAGAUGCAAGGUAUUCUCAAGGCAAUGAAACCUGAUCUGGAACAAGCAGCAGUGGCAACUGCAAAGAUGAUUGUACAAAUUACAAAAGAUACUGCUGAGGCUGAGCAAACAAAAGCAGAGGCGAUGAAACAGGAGGAGGUUGCUACGAAAUUAAAAAACGAGAACCAAUUGAUCAGAGAUGAAGCUGAAACUGACUUAAGUGAAGCCAAACCAAUGCUUGAUGCUGCUGAAGCAAGCUUAAAAGCAUUGAACAAGGGUGAUAUUACUGAGGUGAAAGCUAUGAAAAGACCACCAGUUGGAGUACUUCUCGUUAUCGAAGCUAUGUGUAUCGUGAAUAACGUGAAACCUAAUAGGUUACCAGGUAAACAACCUGGUGAAAAGAUAUUAGAUUAUUGGACACCCGGUAGUCAAAUGCUGGCAGAUGCUGGACAUUUUUUAAAUAUGAUGGUAAAUUUCAAUAAAGAAAACAUAACCGAAGAGAUGAUUAAUAAACUGAAGCAUUAUAUUGAGGAUCCAAAUUUUCAACCUUCAAAGAUUCUUCAAGUUUCUAAAGCCUGUCACUCACUUUGUCUCUGGAUACACGCUAUGUAUAACUAUUACUUUGUGAAUCUAAAAGUUAAGCCUAAAAUGGAGACAUUAGCAAAGGCCGAAGAAGUAUUGGCAGAAACGGAGAAAGCUUUGGUUGCUGCUAUGAAUAGAUUGCAGGAAGUAGAGAGAAGAGUACAAAAUCUUAAAGAUACCUUGCAAGAUAAGGAAAAUAAAAAAGCAGAAUUAGAGAGGCAAAAGCAGCUUUGUGAGGAAAGAAUGGCAAGGGCGGUUAAACUUGUUAGUGGGCUUGCGGAAGAACAAAUACGAUGGACGUUAACUCUCUCUGAAAUGAAAAUAUCGUUAAAAAAUGUCGUAGGAGAUAUUUUAUUAUCCUCUGGUGCGAUAGCAUAUCUGACACCCUUUACCGAUGUUUAUCGGAAAACUCUUUUGACAUCUUGGUAUGAAGUUAUAGGCGAGGGAGUACCUCAUACACCGAAUUGCACACCCAUAUCGACGUUAGGUGAUCAAGUACUGAUUAGAAGAUGGCAAUUGGACGGUUUACCAAGAGACCUUGUUUCUGUUGAAAACGCUGUACUGGUAGUGCAUUCAGAACGAUGGCCACUUUUUAUCGAUCCACAAGGACAAGCCAAUAAAUGGAUUCGUAGAACGUACAAAGAUGUUGGUUUAUCUAUUACAAAAAUGAUGAGCAAGGAUAUUUUACAUGUACUUGAAAGUUGUAUUCGCUUUGGUAAACCGUGCUUGAUAGAAAACGUUGGUGUCGAAUUUGAAUCCGUUUUAGAUCCUAUUCUUAUGCGAUCGUAUUUCAAGCACGCUGGGCAAAUAAGUAUUAAAGUAGGUGAUAACGUUGUUCCAUAUAAUUCAGAGUUUCGUCUGUUUCUGACGACGAAAUUACCAAAUCCUCAUUAUAUGCCGGAAGUAUUAGUAAAGGUGUUGUUGGUAAAUUUUGCAUUAACCGCUAGCGGUCUUCUCGAUCAAAUGAUGAGUUUAGUGACGAUACAAGAACGUCCAGAUCUCGAACAAAUUCGAAAUUCUCUUAUAGUAUCUAAUGCGGAAAUGAAGAAAGAUUUGAAGGAGCUCGAAGAUAGAAUUCUAUAUAAGUUAACAACUUCCGAGGGUUCAACGGUUGACGAUAUUGAUUUAAUCCUGACGUUGGACGCUUCUAAAGCAAAGAGCGAAGAGAUAAAGACGAAAGUUAAAGCAGCGGAAGAAACUCAAUUGGAUAUAGAAUCUACGAGAUCAUUAUAUAUUCCUGUUGCGGAUAGAGCACAAAUAUUAUUUUUUUGCCUUUAUGAUUUACAAUAUAUAGAUACGAUGUAUCAAUAUUCUUUAGAAUGGUUUAUCUCAAUAUUUAAUAACAGUAUACUUUCUGUCGAGAAAACUAGUAACCUUGACGAACGAAUAGCUAACAUUCUGAAACGUUUUACUUUUGACUUGUUUUGUAACGUUUGUCGAAGCCUAUUCGAAAAACACAAAUUGCACUUCGCAUUCCUUGUUUGCGCUCGCAUUCGUAUUAAUGCAAAAUUAAUAGAUUCCGUUGAAUGGAGACAUUUCUUAUCUGAAGUUAUCCCUAUUUUGAAUUUACCAAAUCCAGAUCCAAAAUGGAUAUCUGCGCGAUGCUGGAAAGAGAUUCAGGCUUUAGAAAUUCUUCCAAAUUUCAAAGAAUUUGUUAUAUCCUUUCAGCAAUUAUUGGUUCCAUUCAAAUAUAUAUUUGAUACUCAAGAAGCACAUUUAAUUGCAUUCCCUGAACCUUGGCAAACAAAACUGGAUGAUUUUGAAAAAAUGUUAGUCCUGAAGUGUCUUCGUCCUGAUAAAAUUAUCAAUGCUAUACAAAUGUACUUGAGUAAAUAUUUGGGUAAAGAAUUCGUGGAACCACAAACAACGGAAAUCAGUGCACUUUACAAGGAAUCAACUCCAAUUACACCUUUGGUAUUUGUGCUAUCUACUGGUACAGAUCCAGCUGUUCAGUUAUACACAUUUGCGGAAAAGCAAAAGAUGGAUAAAAGAUUAUUUUCCAUAUCCCUUGGACAAGGGCAAGGUCCAAGAGCGGAAGCUAUGUUAAAGCAGUCCGCAGAACUUGGAAAUUGGGUAUUUUUUCAGAAUUGUCAUUUAGCACCAAGCUGGAUGCCGCAAUUGGAAGCAUUAGUUGAAAUUUUAACAGAAAAGACGCAUCGUGAUUUUCGUUUAUGGUUGACCUCAGCUCCGUCGCCAGAUUUUCCUGUAAGCAUUUUACAGAAUGGUCACAAAAUGACGAUGGAACCUCCAAGAGGUGUAAAGGCUAAUUUGUUUCGAGCAUAUUUGACACAAGUCAUCGAAAUGAAAAAUUUUCUUGAAUCGGAGCAUCCAAAAGUAGAACCGUUUAAAUAUCUUGUUUUUUCCUUAUGCUUGUUUCAUUCACUUUUAUUAGAAAGACGUAAAUUCGGUUCUCUUGGUUUUAACAUACCAUAUGAAUUUACAAGCGGAGAUUUAGCUAUUUGUUUGUCACAAUUACAUAUGUUCCUCAUGGAAUAUACAAUUAUACCAUUUAAGGUUCUCAUUUAUACCGCUGGACACAUCAAUUAUGGUGGACGAAUAACGGACGAUUGGGAUCGCAGAUGCGUUUUAACGAUAUUGGAGGAUUAUUAUAAAGUCGAAGUAGUUUCAAGCUAUUUUCGUUUCGAUGAUAAAGGGAUUUAUUAUCAAUUACCGGCUGUCAGCACAUUCAACGAAUACAUAGAAUACAUUACAACUCUUCCUCUCAAUGACGAUCCAAUGCUUUUCGGAAUGCAUUCAAAUGCAGAUAUAAGUUUUGCACAAGCUGAAGCAUAUAUAUGUCUCGAAACUCUAUUUAAUUUACAACCAAAAGAGAUUAGUAGUAUAGAAGUAAGCGUUGAAGAUAUCGCUACUCGUCAAGCGCAAGAAAUGUUAAACACGUUACCCGAAUCUUUUGAUUUGAUUGCUAUACAAAAGAAGUAUCCUGUUCUAUAUCAAGAAUCAUUUAAUACGGUAUUACUGCAGGAAGCCAAAAGAUACAAUGGAUUAUUAAAAGUGAUAAGAUCAUCUUUAGAUGAUCUAUUGAAAGCAUUAAAGGGUUCAGUUGUAAUGUCUGAAAUUUUGGAAACAAUGAAUAAAAAUAUUUCCAAUAACAAGAUACCAAUAAUUUGGCAAGAUAAAGGUUAUCCUUCUUUGAAGCCACUUGGAGCUUGGUUUCUUGAUUUGAAAGAGCGCAUCAAAUUUAUUAACGCAUGGUACGACAAUGGUAUACCAUCGGCUUUUUGGAUUUCGGGAUUUUAUUUUCCACAAGCAUUUUUAACGGCGACAUUACAAAAUUAUGCGAGAAAAUAUGUUAUUUCCAUCGAUACGAUUGACUUUAAUUAUGUGGUAUUAUCUUCAAAGCCAAUGCAUAAACCAGAGGAUGGUUGUGUAGUAUACGGUUUGUUCCUUGAGGGUUGCCGAUGGGGAGGAACCUAUUUAGAAGAAUCACAUCCAAAGGAAUUAUAUACAGAGAUGUCUCCUAUACUUUUACUCCCAGAAAUAAAUCAUGAAGUUUUCGAGGAUAAGAUUUAUAUAUGUCCCGUAUAUAAGACGAUUGCACGAGCUGGUACUUUAAGUACGACGGGACAUUCGACAAAUUUUGUUUUAGCCAUGGAAAUACCAAGCAAAAAUCCACAAGCACAUUGGAUAAAACGAGGCGUAGCAAUGAUAUGUGCGUUAAAUUAUUAG